AUGCAUGCGCUGAGUCGCUCUCUGACCUGGGGCGACGUCGAUGGUCGAAAAGACGAAAGGUGUCACGUUUCCAUCGGAACCGACAUUGAAACUGAUCGACUGACUGGUGUCAAUCUCAGCAGGUUCGAGCUCUGCUCGAAAAAGAGCAGUUUAGGAGAGGACAUACAGUGGAAGAUGAAAUCUGCCAGCAGCCGAGAGUGCUGCAUCAUCAUUGCAAGGAGGCGGCAAAGCACUCGUUUGAAAAUCGGAACGGACCGAACGAACAGAAUUAAGGAUGGUGAAAAGAAUAUACAAAGUAUUAAAGUCUAA